AUGAGUCCUCUAUCUAUCUCUAUGUGUAACUUAUCUUGCCACAGAGGAAGAGUAUGCCCCCUCUCACUUAUCUGCUACUCAUGUCUGUGUACAUCUGUCUAACAGGAACCAUCUUUGUACACUGUGAAAGCAGUCCUCAUUCUGGAUAAUGAUGGAGAGAGGCUCUAUGCAAAAGUAAGACUUUGAUGAUCAGGUGUGUUAUACUGGGCUGGAACAAAAGCCUGCACACCCAGUAAUUCAGGACCGAAGUUGGCAAGCACUGCUAUGUAACUAAUUAUGUCAUUAUGUAAUACCUAGCUGCAUUAGCCUACCAUUUGAAAUGUACUAACAGGGUCAAUCCAUAUGAAUUCAAUCACUUUUUGACAGCAUCCCUUUUGAUUUAAACAAAACUUUCCAUACAUCUUUGCCCAUGGAUGAAGUGGUCAGAAAGUGACUUGUUGGACCUGAAUGCCAAAAAAUUCAGGAGAUAGAGGUGCUCAAAGUUUACCCAUUUUGCAUACCCCACCAUACCAUGAGACCUACAUGUCUUCAUCGCUGGAAAAAAUAAACGGUUAAGUCUGAUAUCAUUUAAAAGCUUACAAAUAGGGUUGUCAAACUAUUUUAUUAUUUCUUGAAAAAUAUUUAUUUGAAUACAAAUUUAAAUUGUUUAACCUUUAAUGUAAAUGAUCUAAUAACGCGUAAACUCCGAUUUUUUUUCUUCUUCAUAUUCGCAUAUGUAGCUUAGACCCUACUUUAAAUCAUCGGAGGUGUUUGUGAUGUGCCCGCCAUCGGUUGAGAUACAACAUGCUCUUGAAUACAGGGUGGGUGGCAUUUCUAUCAUAGAAAUAUAAUUCAUAGACUGUACCUAUCCCUCCAGACCACUGCAAUUUAGCUGGUACACCAUUGACAUUUAAAUUGAUUAUAACAAUUUUAACUUCUAAUUACUACCACAAAGAUGGCCGCCGGUCCACCCACCAUUGAAUGUCAACUUAAAUGGUAAUGUCUAUUCUAUUAUCUAUAUUUCUAUGAUUUCAAUAGGUUUCCUAUGGAGGAUUGACAGUAUAAUUUAAAACAAUGGAUAUUCCCAUUCAAGUCAACAUUCUCUGAUGUACCGCCGGUACCAUUUGAAAGUAAAAAUUUCAAUUUUAUUCCCAUUUUAGGACACCCACCCUGUAUUCAAGAGCAUGUUGUGUCUCAACCGAUGGCGGGCACAACACAAAAACUUCAGAUGACGUAACAUAGGGUCUAAGCUACAACAGAUGUGAAUGUGAAAAAAAAAGAGAAGAUAGAGAAGACGUUUUUAGAUAAUUUAGGUGAUUUUUUUUUUUUCAAGAAUUCUAAAUCAAUCUCAACCGUUUAUCUUUUCAAGACAUGGAUGUUUAAUGGUAUUGUGGGGUAUGCACCUUUUAUGUCAUGAAUGUUUUGGCAUUCAGGUCCAAAAAGUCACUUUCUGAGCAUUUCUACAAUGGGCAAAUAUGUAUGGAAGGUUACGAUCAAAUCAAAAGGGGUGCUGUCAAAAAGUGAUUGAAUUCAAAUGGAUUUACCCAACAACAAGAAAUAUUUGUGGUAUCGAUCCCCUCCUUCUAUUCAUGCUUUUAAUGCUUUAUUUACAGUAUUAUGAUGACACAUACCCUUCAGUGAAGGAACAGAAAGCUUUUGAGAAGAACAUCUUCAGCAAGACACACAGGACAGACAGUAAGAAAUGCAUUUGAACACACACACGCACACACUAGUUAUGUGCGGGUCAGCUUUGUUCACCCGCACCUGCCUGCAAUUGCUAAUAACCCAUCCGCAACCGCCCAACUAUAUGUGAUAAAGUGAAAAACUGAGGGCCGCACCUGACCCUAACCCACAAAUAUAGCAAAUGCGCUGUACAUUGACAGUGGGUGCAGGAUUAGUUUUUACGCCUAUUUUAGAUAGGCCUAUGUUUUGCUUAUAAUUUCCUACAUUUUGGUAGGCUAUUUGUCAGUCAACUUGUCUAUAAUUAGAUACACAUCUCUUCUGUCAUUACUUGUUGCCCUAGAAGGCUAAAUAAAUCCUUGGUCACCAGAAAAUUAUUAUGAGUCAACCCGCGCUUCACUAACACACACACACACAGGUCAUUGUUUUACCUCUGUUUUGUUGUGUCUCAUUGUCAUGUUUCUGUGCCUACUCAGGUGAGAUCGCUUUGCUAGAGGGCCUCACAGUCGUCUACAAGAACAACAUUGAUAUUUUCUUCUAUGUCAUUGGAAGCUCACAUGAAAAUGAGGUCAUCACAUAAUACAUUAAUUGUAUGUUUCAUUUCAGUGCACCCUGCCAUGCUCUAAAUAACUUUUUUGUUGUUUCUGUGUUUUGUUUCCCUCCAACAGUUGAUGCUAAUGGCUGUUCUAAACUGUCUGUUUGACUCACUUAGCCAAAUGUUGAGGUGAGAUCUAAAGCUUAUUAAAGCACAUAUUUAGUCAUCUAUCAUUAAAAGGCAAGCUUAAAUUAUUUCUCUGUUGUCUGUCUCUGUAGGAAGAAUGUUGAGAGGAGAUCUCUACUUGAAAACAUGGAAGGUCUCUUUCUAGCUGUGGAUGAAAUUGUGGAUGGAGGGUGAGUUCUAUAUCUUAUACAUUUACAUUUGAGUCAUUUAGCAGAUCCUCUUAUCCAGAGUGACUUACAGUUAAUGCUUUCACCUUAAGGUAGCUAGGUAAGACAACAACAUGUCAUAGUAAGUACAACUUUUUCUCAAUAAAGCAGCUAACAGUAAGGUCAGUGCUAGUAAAACAAGACAAGUGUGGGCAGUGGCGUGUAUUCACGAAACAGCGCCCCUCUGUCUCUGUAUGUGUAGGGCAUCUAUAUGAUGCUGUCUGGUCCAAAAGAGUAUGACAUUUUUGCCGCCCGUAGCAUUGAAUGCAAUGGAUGCCAGCGAGCAUUUGGCGUCCUUUGAUUAAAAAAAAGUAUAAAAUAAUAGACAAUCUGCGUUGAGCUAAACUGAGUGAGCUCAACAGUGAAUGGUCCUGGCGCACCCAAAAAAAAAAGUGUCAAGGGAAGCCAGUUUGGAUUUGGCGUCACUCCUAUCGCAUCGAGAGCAUACCCCAUUGACAGAAACAACUUGAAUUGUUGCAUCUCGUUGUGUUGUUGUCCUCCAGUUGCAGCUAGCUAAAAUUGGCCCUUUCCUAAAUUAGCCAUGGAUGGAGAUAGGGAUUUGGACUUGUGGUUUUAAUUAAUUAACCGUACUGGCCAAUGAUUAUAACGGCGGUUCUGAUCCAACCAUUAAUUCAUACAUUGCGCCCCUGGCCUGAGAGGAUUUUAGUUCAAUAUGUAGUUAUAACGUUGCCCAUGAAAGGAAGUUAGGCUAGCGAGCAAGCAUAACAAAGCAAAAAAUAAAAGCGUGAUAGACUGUUUCGUCAACAUGAAAGAGAGGAGGAUGGCAUUGGCGUUUCUCUACAAGUAGGGUGAGUCAACAUGUUUUUCUACUUGAAAGCACGCACAUAAAUCCGAAACAUGGACAGCCAAAUCAUAUUUAGCUGACGUUGACUGGACUAAAUUGUUUUUGGUAUGUUUUAGUUGUCAAUGUAUUAGACUAAGCAGAGGUGAUUUGAUUCUGUUGAAAUGGUGCUGGAAUAGUGGAGGCAGCUCCUGUUUUCUUUGCGACUUGCGGUAACUCUCGGUGGAAUAGUUGUUUAGUGGUCCGAAUAUGUCGGAAACAUUAACUUGCUUGACCAUGUUGUAGGUCAUGUAACUGUUUGUUACAUGCAAUAUGCUUUGUCGACUUCACCGGACAGAGGUUUCUCUCCGGUUUUGUGAUGAAACAAAGGUGUGGUUGAAGUUAUUGUCUCGGCCUUUAGGCCUAUAUAUCACGGUGGCAAGACAUGAACUAACAGGUUAUAGAGCAAACAACGCAAUUAUCACAACACAGGUUGUAAUAUGGCUUUUGUUUCUGGUUUCCCCAGUGAUUUUACCCACACACCGCUACUGAGUGUGGGUCCAGUGUGGCCCUCUGUCUUUGCACAGUGUGUGAGUGAUAACAAGCUUCUCCCUGCUGUUUCCUACAGAGUGAUUCUGGAGAGUGAUCCUCAGCAAGUGGUCCACCGUGUGGCUCUAUGGGUAAGUAAAGGUCUCUCUCCUCUCCUCCCCUCCCUAGAAAGUACUCUUCACUCAACCUAGUGGACCCUAAUGGAACAUGUUCUGAGUAUUGUUGCUGUUGUGUGACCAGGAGCUAAGGCCACCAGGGCCUAAAAUGAACACCAGCCACCUGUGGGUAGAUUUUGGCAUCUUAAUAGACAUCUUAAUGUACAUUUCACCAGUCACAUUGGCGGGUGGUCAGGGCUCCACAGUGCGAGCAUUUCACCCGCAUUUGUGAAUAAAAAGUCAAGUAUGAUCACAUUUAUAGUAAAAUAAAUGCUGUAGUAGCUGUUUUCAAAGUAUUUCUGCCGUUUUGUUUCAUAGCUGGUAAAUUAAUCGCACAAAAUCAAAUAACUAUGAAUCCUAUAUAGCCUAUCCCACCUUGCACUGCAACACUGCCUGGCUGGGGGCUGUGCGCAGGUGAAAUGACAUUUUACUGAAGUGAGACUGUCCUUGGUUUCUUGGCUAUUUACAUUGUUUUGUUCACAAGCUAGGUUGUUUUUCUAUGUUUGAGUUUCAACUACCAGGGAAGAGAAGACAAUGCUUCUACUAGUCAGAUGAAAUUUCACAGGCACAAACACAACUUUUUUUUGUCUGAUCUGUGAUAUUUUGGUUAAAAGACUCAGAUCACAAAAAAUAAACAAUUAUUCAAUAUGCCACAUUAGUUACUUCUUACUAGUAAUAUUGUUUUAGAAACAUUACAAAGCAUGCUCAUCCGUUUUGUUGGUAUAAUUUUAGCGGCAAAAAAAUAGUGGUUGGUAGAUUUUUUAAAUCUACCUACCACAGUGGCUAGUGGACCAAAAAGUGAAUGUUAUGCCCUGAAGGCCACUAUGUGUUGUGCUCUCCUACAGGGGGAAGAUGUGCCUUACUCAGAGCAGACUGUCACCCAGGUAAGAAAAACAGCCCUAAUUACCUCAUUCAUCUCAACAUACUACAUUGCUCAGUGUGGAAUAUGCUCCAUUGCAUUAUUGACUCUCCACUCUCCUGAGACUUAAUGUGUGUCCCAAAGGGCACCCUUUUCCCUUUGUAGUCCACUACUUUUGACCGGGGCCCAUAGGAUUCUGGUCAAAAGUAGUGCACUAUAUAGGGAAUAGGGUGCCAUUUUGGACACAAGCUUAGAGCGGGGCCCAGUGUCCUAGCUUGGAAAUCCAGACUGAAUCACGCUACAUUUCACCUCAUGUUUCAUUUCACUAAUUUAGUGACAAUGGAGUGAAACAAAAACAAAAACUGUGCUGAAUUCAGUCUGGAUUUCCAGGCUACCAAUGUCCCUCUCAUCUACAAUAAGGGCAUGUUGAUGAUCAGCAUACUUCACCUUCUCCAAUCCUACUGUGUUGCUUUCACACUUCCUUAGUCCUUUUGGAUGUAAACCACACAAUUGGAAAUGAUUGGCUGGUGGUACGGUAGCCAGUGGCGGUUCCAUCGUGUGCACACGCCUGUGUGUCUGAGUUUAGCUCCUCUCCUGAUUAAUGUUCUCAUUUAAGAGGCCUGUGACAGGCUGCCAUCCCUUCUCUCUCUCUCCCUGUCUACUGAUUAAUGGCUGGCUGUCUUACUCAUGCUUUAUGGUUAUGGUUCUGCUUUCCUUCAAUGAAUUAAGAUGAUUAAUUAAUUCCUGCAUAUUUUCCUUUACUGGCAUUACUCAUCUUCCUCCAUCCAGCCUUUGUGAAACGUUAUGUUGAGGUCAAUUUAAUUAUUGAAUUUUUGGGUGAAUCAUAUAGUCUCCCUCCACUUCCUUAAAAUUGUCAAUUGGUCUUCUUCUAAACCAAGGUGGAUGGGAUUAGAUUAAUUCGAUGGAUUAAUUCGGUGGAUUACAUUCAUUUUGUUUUGAUAAGGACAGUCUCGUUUUGAAGUUCAAUUUUUUUAUAACUACUGUGUGUACAAUGCAGGAGACGCAGCUGCUUGCACCAACGAGGGGUAGGGUCUACCCUAUCCCUGUUCUAAUAUUUGUUGGCUACAUCUGUGUGUCACCUUCAGCAUUCAGAUUUUUGUCAAAUGGCUUUCGCAAUAUUAAAUCAUAGGCUUUAUUAAUUGAGGGACAAGCAAUGUAAUUUGCUGGGUCAUUGUUACCAAAUGCGCUGUAGAAAAUUGUGUGUUUACGGGUGGCGCUGUGUAUGCUACCGGAGUGGACACUUAUAUCUUGCUGAUUGCACAUCUAACUGCUGAUUGGGGCUUUUCGAUUGCCAGGUUCACCAUACAAAAUAUUUUUGGUAGUUCUGCUUUAAACAGUCAGUGCAUUUGGUCAUUUACAUGAACAGGGUAAUGGUGUAAUUUCAUAACAAGAACAGCAAUAAUCUUUGCAAGCCUCACUGCUCUGAACUCUAGACAAGAGCAGCUCUCCUUAGUAAGGUUCCAAUGGUCAAAACCAUUUGGUUUUGAGAUGAGGGUGAAAUCCAAAACGGUUAUAUUAAUUUCUAAAGAUAGAUAUUGACAUAUUACUAGCUCAAAACAUUUUAAUAUGCUAUAUGACAAGUUAAUCAGUGGGUGAUGAGGAUUUCAGAUUAAAAGUGUGGGGACAAAAACAUAAAUCCCCCCCCCCCCCCCCCUCAAUCUGAUUGUGGUAGAUUCUCAGUCUGCCCUAUGGCUCAGCUCACACACUACAUCACACACACACACACACACACGCACAGGGCCACUCAAAGAAGUCAGCUCAGACAGAUCCAGCCCCUGAGCUCCAUCAGUAUCAGAUAUUCAUUUAGAAUGGAAAAUGAAUGUGUUCAUGCAACAAUUGUUAAUGCGUCGACCCGAAUCGCAUCGAUUCGUUCCACUAAUCAAAUCGCACCGAAUUGUUUCAAACUAAACGUAUUGUUCCUGUAUCGUAUCGGAGCCCAUGUAUCUAGAUGCGUAUUGAAUCGUGCUUGUAAGGAGAGAUGCACAUCCCUAUAAAAUGGAUGUCGUAAACACAUGUUGGAGGCUUAUUACAAAAACAGGUUUGUUUGUAUGUUUACUUGUGUUGGUAUGAUCUGUUUUAUAAGGCCAGUUUUCAUCCACAGGUGCUGCAGUCUGCCAAGGAACAGAUCAAAUGGUCUCUGCUACGAUAGGACCUGUCGACUCCCCGGUUCAACUCCCCUCAUCUAACACUGUACCACCAUUAUCCAUGGCUCCUCUCUCUGUGAUGACAUCUCUUCCCCUGUGCUCAUUACUCACCAUUCCUCCAAUCAGGGCUGACGAGAGGAUGAUCUCUCAGCCAGUCAGACACUGCCAGGGCAAGGGAUAUCUUAGAGUUUUGUCUGUCUGAAUCGAUCAUUUCUAUAAUUUGUGUGUCUUUACUGUAAAGGUGUAUUCUUCUGAUAUCUAGCUGUAACGCUAGCUAUGACAGAUAUUGGAUGGUAGUGUGUCCAUACAUUCCAGUUGCUUGGUUUGCGUUUUCUUCCACAGACCCUAACCAUUUCAGUUGACAGCUUCAUGCCCCUCAUCUCUGAUAACAAUACAUGUGUUAACAAUAGUACAGACCAUAGAAAUAACUCCUUUCUAAUUCUAUGGUCCAGACAUGUGGUCAGAUCAGGCAACAUCGUUGUUAGUCACUCUGUGCUCUUCAGAGUACUGUAUAAACUCAGUCAUUUAAAUAUUUUGAAUAAAAACAUUUAUAGACACUGAA